GAGAAUUGAGAUCCAAAUAUCCGAUCCGUUUAACAGCUUUGCUGAGUCGUGCGUGCCUUCUCUUGGAAGGCUUGGCAAAGUACAAACUUCAAUAAUUUACGUAUAUUCAAAAGCCUUUGCAGUUUUGCACCUCUGUAAAUUCUCACCUUUCUUCUCUCUCUCUUCGCGUCUCCAUAAGGGAAAGAAGAAGAAAGAUACAACCAAAUUCUUUUGAAUUCUUAAAACAGAGCCUCUAAUUGUAUACAUUUAUUUUUUGCUGUAAAAUACACACACACAUUACACAUAGAAAGAAGUAUUGUUUUCUCCACAUGUCUUACGCCUAUCUAUUCAAGUAUAUCAUCAUCGGCGAUACCGGUGUUGGAAAAUCAUGUCUUCUUUUGCAGUUUACGGACAAACGAUUUCAACCGGUCCAUGACUUGACCAUUGGGGUUGAGUUUGGGGCUAGAAUGAUCACAAUAGACAACAAGCCCAUAAAACUGCAGAUCUGGGACACAGCUGGUCAAGAAUCAUUCAGAUCUAUCACGAGGUCAUACUACCGAGGUGCUGCUGGGGCACUACUUGUUUAUGAUAUUACAAGGAGGGAAACAUUUAAUCACCUAGCUAGUUGGCUGGAAGAUGCAAGGCAGCAUGCAAAUGCAAACAUGAGCAUAAUGCUGAUAGGAAACAAGUGUGAUCUGGCUCACAGAAGGGCCGUAAGCACGGAGGAAGGGGAGCAAUUUGCCAAGGAGAAUGGGUUAAUAUUUAUGGAGGCCUCUGCCAAAACAGCUCAGAACGUCGAAGAGGCUUUCAUCAGAACAGCCUCAACAAUCUAUAAGAAAAUACAGGAUGGAGUGUUUGAUGUAUCGAAUGAGUCUUAUGGAAUAAAAGUUGGAUAUGGAGGUAUUCCCGGGCCUUCAGGUGGAAGAGAUGGAGCUGCUUCUCAGGGAGGGGGUUGUUGUACUUGAAAAUGGACAUUUAUUAUUGGAACCUAUCAUGUUCCUAUGAUUAUUUAUUUGUAGUUUGGAAUUCUUAAUAUUGAGUGCUCUUCGGUUUGCUUGUUUUAGUGAUUGAUAUAUGUGCAAAAAUAAGUAAAUUCCGUACAUAAAGAUGUGAUUUUUUUAAUUA